GAGGAGAUCUCAGCCAUGAAGAGGCGGGUCGCUGAGAUGGAAGAGGAGGCUGCCAAGCUGCGCGAGAUGCAGGCCAGCCUCGACAACCAGACAGAGACGGUCCAGGAGUCCAAGACGGACGUGGAUAGCCGCAGUAUCUUUGUCGGUAACGUCGACUACUCGGCCUCUCCCGAGGAGAUCCAAGCCCACUUCCAGAGCUGCGGCUCCAUCAACCGCGUCACCAUUCUGCUGGACAAGUUUACCGGCCAACCCAAGGGGUAUGCCUACGUUGAGUUCACUGAGCCCAGCCUGGUGGCCCAGGCCUUGGUUCUUAACGAGAGCAUGUUUAAGGGCCGCAGCAUCAAGGUGACCCCCAAGCGCACAAACGUGCCCGGCAUGACUCGUGGCCGUGGACGAGGUGGCUUCCGGGGCGGCCGUGGUGGCUUUGCCCGUGGUGGGUUCGGCUUUCCUCGAGGAGGUGGCUACCGUGGUGGCGGCCGUGGACGUGGUCGUGGUUUCACUCCUUACUGA